AUGAUACAUCUUAGCUUUUAUUCCGUUCCAUAUACUGUUCUUAAUCCAUAUGCACAAAGAAAUAGAGAUGCAUUCCGUUCUUUCAAUAUCUCUAUAAAUACAACCCUUACACUUUCAAGUGUUUCAGCGGUUCCUGAGUGUAGUUUUACUUGCACUGAUGGUGUCAAAGUUAUUCUUCCAAACAUCGAAUCAAAGGAUAUUUGUGAGAUGGCUAUAAAAUAUGCAUCUUGUCCAGUAAGAACAUUACCAAAUGUUGAUAACCGUUGUAUUCCCUGGUGUCCACCAUGCAGAAACUGCCCUGUCAAUGUUCAAAUUGAAUCUUUUUCAUUUGCCCAUAAUUAUUAA